GGGGGAUGGUGACGGACCGGCGGCCGGUGCAAGAGGAAGAUGGCGGAUCCAGGCGAGUGGGAGACGAUGGCGAAUAAGCUCCACCCGCGGGUUUUACAGACAAUCCGAGAGCUCCGCUUCACUCACAUGACUCCGGUGCAGUCUGCAACAAUCCCUCUGUUUAUGAGCAACAAGGAUGUAGCAGCAGAAGCUGUAACCGGCAGUGGGAAAACCUUGGCUUUUGUCAUUCCUAUUUUGGAAAUUCUUCUAAAACGGGAGGAGAAGUUAAAGAACCUGCAGGUUGGUGCACUCAUUAUUACUCCAACACGAGAGCUUGCUAUCCAAAUUGAUGAAGUGAUCAGACAGUUCUUGGUGCAUUUCCCACAGUUCAGACAGAUUAUUUUCAUUGGUGGGAACAAUCCGAUGAAAGACGUUAAGAAGUUCAAGAAGCAGGGAGGGAACAUUGUUGUGGGCACCCCUGGCCGUUUAGAGGACAUGUUCAGGCGGCGGUCUGAUGGUCUGGACUUUGCCAGUUGUGUGAAGACCCUGGAAGUGUUGGUACUGGACGAGGCUGACAGGUUGCUGGAGAUGGGGUUUGAAGCCAGCCUGAACGCUAUCCUGGGGUUUUUGCCAAAACAGCGAAGAACAGGCCUCUUCUCAGCCACACAGACACAGGAAAUAGAGAAUCUGGUCCGAGCGGGACUCCGUAACCCUGUCCGGAUCACAGUGAAGGAGAAAGGAGUGGCAGCAGACAGACCCCAAAAAACACCAGUCCAACUGCACAACUAUUACAUGACAUGUCGAGCAGACGAGAAGUUUAACCAAUUAGUCGUCUUCCUUCGCCGGCAUAAACAAGAGAAACAUCUCAUCUUCUUUAGUACGUGUGCAUGUGUGGAAUAUUAUGGGGCUGCAUUGGAUGUCUUUGUGAAAAAUGUACAAGUAAUGUGUAUCCACGGGAAAAUGAAGCACAAACGGAACAAAAUAUUUACUGCGUUUCGACAACUUCAAAGUGGUAUUUUGGUUUGCACUGAUGUCAUGGCUCGUGGUAUAGACAUUCCUGAGGUUGACUGGGUUCUGCAAUAUGACCCUCCAAGCAGUGCCAGUGCUUUUAUCCAUCGUUGUGGACGGACAGCUCGUAUUGGUCACCAUGGCAAUGCCCUUGUAUUCCUGCUUCCUAUGGAGAUGGCCUAUGUCAACUUCCUCUCCAUUAGUCAGAAAUGUCCAAUAGAGGAGAUAAAACUGCUGAAGGAUUCUGCUGAUGUCCUCCCAAAGUUAAAGAAGUUGGCUGUGUCUGAUCGAGCCAUCUUUGAAAAAGGGAUGAAGGCAUUUGUGUCUUUCAUUCAGUCUUAUGCUAAACAUGAGUGCAGUUUGAUAUUCCGCAUAAAAGAUCUGGAUUUUGCAGCUGUUGCUAGGGGCUUUGGCUUGCUUAAGCUUCCCACGAUGCCAGAGUUGAGAGGAAAAAGUUUUCCUGAUUUUAUUCCUGAGAACAUCGACACAAACUCCAUCCGAUACAGAGACAAAAACAGAGAAAAGCAGAGGCAGAAGAUGUUAGCAAUGCAACAACAGGACAGACAACAAAAUGAAGGGAAGAAGAAAUUUGUGAGAAACAAACCCUGGUCAAAGCAGAAAACAAAAAAAGACAAGAGAAAAAAACAAGCAGACAAAAGGAAGCGAGAUGAGGGAUCUGACAUGGAGGAUGAGAAUAUUGAUGAACUUCUCAAUGAUACCCGAUUGUUGAAGAAGCUGAAAAGGGGUAAAAUAAAUGAGGAGGAGUUUGAAAAGCAGCUGUUGGGAACAUAAAGGCAGAUGAACUGGAAGAUGUUGAACUGUGCAACUUUCUAUGAAAGCAAUUCCUUUUAUUCCUGGACUUUGUGGAAAAACAGUUUGUAAAAUAAAUUUGCUUCAUUAACAAGA